AUGGGAAGCACAAGACGAGCAGUGUCCGGUUCCGUCUUCGGUGUUACCGCAUCUUCCGGGCUCACUGCUGCCUGCCCUCCGUUCGCCGUGUCCAUCGGCGUAAAUCUCUGGCAGUUGGGCAUAUCGUCAACGAACUGCCAUCGCGUCAGAAGGGAGAUAAAGUCCCGUCGAUUGAAUGACGAGUCGUUUAGAAAAGAGGAGGAGGAGUACAAAGCGAAGAAACGUCACCACCCGUUGGUAGAUGUUGCCCUGGGCGUCACCCUCAAGGCCGCUUGUAUGACAGCGACUUUGGGCAUAAUUGGCUUCGACAAUAUAGGAGACGCCUUCGUAGCAAAGUUCGCCGACAAGAUCACCGAUGCCGCGUCUGCCGCUGCCUCUGCAGUCCAUGCUCUCCCCGUUUACAGUCACAUGCCACUGCACGUUCACGUUCCGGAGCAUACCAACGUCAGCAUUCCCGAUCCCAUGUCAAUGUUCCAGGAUGCCAACGGCAGCGACAUUCUGUGCCCCAACAUGAACGAAAUGGAUCUAUCAAGCGCAGACCAGCCUGAAGUACCCGCAACGGCCUAUCUUGGGCACAAUCAUGAUACCGACUUCACCAGCCCCGCCACCAACAACCCCUUCGCAGCCGAGUCGUCCGUAUCAGGGGCCGAGAAGCUUGAAGUCGGACAUCUGACAACCGAAGUGCCUGGAUCGAUGGCCGAACAGUCUGAAAUUGAAGCGCCUACAUCAAGCGCCGAGCAGCUGAAAAUCGACCAUCCUCACUUAUACGGCGCAGACAACGCAAGAAGCAAUGCUUUGUGCCUUGGACAACAGAUCGGGGAAAAGAUAAGCCAACACGUCGUCGACGAUAGUGUCAAGAUUGGCAUGGAAGCAAAAUGGGACGAUUUGAAAGACUUGCACGACAACUGGAACCUUUCCAUCGCUAAGAUCCUUGGAUUGGUCGUUCUGAUCGCCCUGGUGAAUGAGAUAUUCCAGCCGAUACCACAUGCAAGCAGCAUCGUUGCGGAAAAGGCUAUCGAUGCCUGGAAUGGCGGACAGUUGAGCCGUAUGGCGGGAAAGGCCAUCGACGCUUGGAACGAUGGCCAGUUGAGCUAUGUGACAGCGCGGCUUGCGCAUAUUGCUGGCCGGUUGUAG